AUGGCUACUCGACGACAGCGGCGCUCCAUCAUCAUCGGCGCCAUUCUCUUCGGCUUCCUGCUCUUCAACACUUUACAACCCUCCGACCACCGACCGAGGCCAAAGUAUGGCAACAUUCCCAUUGCGCAAAGUAGCUACGAUUGGGCGAGCCAUCAACACAAAUAUGCGAUUGCUCCAGAAUCGAUGCACCACCUCCCGACCGAACCACCGAAGGAACUUCCACGAGUCCAAUUCACGCCCAGCGCGAAGCGCGGCCAACCAAACGAUGCGACGUCCGACUCACGACGAGCUGCAGUUCGAGAAACAUUUGUCAGGAGCUGGGAGAGCUACAAGAAAUACGCCUGGGAGUAUGACGAGCUUACGCCCGUCUCUGCCAAGGGCAAGAACACCUUUGGAGGCUACGCAGCUACUCUCGUUGACGCUCUCGAUACCUUAUGGAUAAUGGAUCUACACGAUGAGUUCGGGCUGGCCUUGGCGUCCAUCGCAAAGAUUGAUUGGGAUAACACGGUCGAAACGUCCGUCAACGUCUUUGAGACAACUAUUCGCCAUCUUGGUGGCCUUCUCAGUGCCUACGACCUCAGCGGCGAACCAGUGCUGCUAGCCAAGGCCAUCCAGCUAGGGGAUAUGCUUUAUGCUGCCUUCGACACCCCUAAUCGCAUGCCUCCAUUCUGGUUAGACUUCAAAGCAGCAAAGAGCGGGGAGCUUAUCGCGGGCACGAACGAUCCAUCAGCCUCGCCUUGUUCUCUGUCUCUCGAGUUCACUAGGCUUUCUCAGCUGACUGGCGAACCGAAGUACUUCGAUGCGAUCGAAAGAGUUAAGCUCUUUCUAGAACGAACACAACAUGAGAGCCAACUGCCCGGAAUGUGGCCGGCCUUGAUCAACUUUCGCGACGAAUCUGUCGUUAACCACAACGAAUUCACCCUAGGCGCGCUCGCUGACUCUCUCUAUGAGUACAUACCCAAGAUGUAUGCCUUGCUUGGCGGGACUGAUCCUGCCUACGAAAAGAUGUACCGUGACGCCAUGAAAAUUGCUCAACAACACCUACUAUUUCGACCAAUGCUUCCGGGAGGUGAAGAUAUUUUGUUUCCCGGGACGGCCUUUGUCGAGAACGGUGUGAGACAAAACCCCGAGAGCCAGCAUUUGUCCUGUUUUGUCGGCGGUAUGUUUGGCCUGGGUGGCAAGUUGUUCGGCAUCAAGGAGCAUGUGGGCUUGGCCAAGAGACUGGCGCGCGGGUGUGCCUGGGCCUACUCCUCAUUUCCCACGGGACUAAUGCCCGAGAUUUUUGGCAUGGUCACAUGUCCCUCGUUGAACAAGUGUCCGUGGGAUGAUGAACGCUGGAAGCGCGAGGGAGACGGGAACUUGAGGAAGGGGUUCUCUCACGCCCGUGACCCUCGAUAUAUCCUCCGUCCGGAGGCAAUCGAAAGCAUCUUUCUUUUGUACAGAAUGACGGGCGACCGCGAGUAUCAGGAGAUUGCCUGGACAAUGUUCCAAUCCAUUGUAAAGGCUACCGAGACACCGUUUGCGAACUCCGCCAUCGCCGACGUAACAGCGGAAGGCAAAACACAAAAAUUAGACUCGAUGGAGAAACACUGA